AUGCUGAGAUCACUCGCAAGAUCAGUGCCGCUUGCUGCGAAACACUCGAAACGAACCCUCGCAACCGACGCGAAUCGCAAGUUUGUCAAGAUCGUCGAAGUAUCUCCUCGUGAUGGACUGCAGAAUGAGAAGACCAUCGUUCCGACCGCGACGAAAAUCGAACUGAUUCGACGGCUGGCAGAGACCGGAGUGCCAGUGAUCGAGGCGGGCUCGUUUGUUUCGCCAAAAUGGGUGCCUCAGAUGGGCGAUACGCCGCAAGUGGUGGCGCAGAUGCCUGUUCAUCCGUCGAUAUCUUACCCUGUCCUCGUACCCAACAUGCGCGGACUGGAAGCACUACAGAAGCUGCUUGCAGAGUACAAAGAUGCGAGCAAACGUGUACCCCCCACGGAUGAGAUCGCCAUCUUUACCGCUGCUUCCGAGUCGUUUUGCAAGGCCAACACCAACUGCACCAUUGCCGAAUCGCUCGAUCGACUGUCCGACGUCGCAUCUCGCGCCAUCUCGUCCGGGCUCAAAGUUCGCGGAUACAUCAGUGUAGUCGCUGGCUGCCCGUACGAAGGCAAGGUGGAUGCAGAAGCUGUAGGCCGCGUUUCUAAAGCGCUGCUCGAUAUGGGCUGCUACGAAAUUUCUCUCGGCGACACCAUCGGUGCUGGCACUCCAACCAUCGUAGAGGCGGCGCUCAACUCGAGCGUGAAACACACAAACGCUUCGGUGCACUUCUUUGCAGCUCACUGUCACGAUACCAUGAACACAGGUUUGGCGAAUGUGCUGCACUUGGUCAGGUUGGGUGUAAGAACCGUGGACGCUGCAGUGGGAGGACUGGGUGGUUGUCCCUACUCGCCCGGUGCUACAGGCAAUAUCGAUACCGAGAGUGUCGUGUUUGCGCUGCACCGUGAAGGCUACGAUACAGGCACAGAUCUGGACAAGCUUGUGGAUCUGGGCGAUUGGAUCAGUGCACAGAUCGGAAGGAGCAACGCGAGCAAUGCCGGCAGGGCGAUACUGGCGCAGAGGAAGAUCCGCGCCGAGAGCGCGGCGAAACAGGCUGCAAAAGGCGCAAAGCUUUGA